AUGCCGCUCAACUCGGCAGCAGUGGACUUUGCCAGCCGCCGCUUCAAGCCGAGUGGCGUGGCUGUUGACCUGGAGACGCCGGACGGCAAGCGCGUGGGCGUGCUUGGUGUGGAGCUCCAGAUGCUUACUAGCAACCGGACACGGUCCAUUGUGGCUGAUGCCGUGCGUCGCAUGCGGCUGAUGGCCGCCAUUAGCAGCAAUCAACGCGCGCUUUCACGCGCCGCCAGUGCGAGCGCCAUGCAGCCCAAGACCAUAGCCAAGUCAGGCGAAGCGGCCUCUCGCAGUGCCUCCCAUACGUGA